AUGUUUUUGAAGGCAGGCAGAGGGGAAAAAAUAACAACAGUGAGGGUAUAUGGUUCUGAUUGUGUAGUAUUGAUGGAGCCCCCUUUGAGCAAGAGGAAUCCGCCGGCGCUGAGAUUUGCGGAUUUGGCAGCGGCUCAGCCCCAUGCUCAUCAGAGUAUGACAGGCUUCCCCGGACUGGGGAGUCAACCCGCUCACUCCCACCACCACGCUGCAGCAGCUGCAGCCGCCGCUGCAGCUGCAGCUCACCUCCACCCCCGGGAUCUGGGGAGUGACCCUGGAAUGGCCCUCACUGCGUUCGGACCCGAGCACAUGGCUCAGGCGAACGCGCUCAAACUCAGUUCUCCCUCCCAGCCGCCUCCAACGCACCCUGAAGCCCCGGCGGUUGCAGCUGCCACUACCGCGUUCUCCUUGAAGUCCGGCGCGGGCAACUACCCCAGCGGUGGGGGCAGUGCAACGCAGUCUGCACCUCCUCCCCCAGCCCCUCCCCUUUCCUCCUCCUCUUCCCCCUCUCCCCCUCCCCCUCCCCCUCCCCCUCCUCCUUCUGCCCUCGCGGGCUACACCGCCACCAACAGUGGUGGUGGCGGCGGCUGCGGCGGCAGUGGCAGCAUUAGCGGCAGCAGCAAGACCAACAACAGGGACUUCAUCCUCAGGAGAGACCUUUCCACCACGGCCCCCGCUGCUGCCAUGCACGGGGCGCUGGGAGGGGAGCAGCAUUCCCGGGCGGGCUCCCCCCAGCACCCGCCCCCGCCUCCCCACUCUGGCAGCAUGUUCAUCUCCUCGACUGGAGCCUAUGCGGCCCCGGAUGGGUCUGGAGGAGGUGGCGGCGGUGGUCCCGCGCUGUUCCCUGGGCUGCAUGAGCCGUCUGGGGGCCCCGGGAGCCACCCCCACCCGCUGAACGGCCAGAUGCGCCUGGGUUUGGCCGCAGCUGCCGCGGCAGCCGCGGAACUGUAUGGCCGUGCCGAGCCCCCCUUUGGACCCCGCUCUGGAGACUCGCACUACGGGGCAGCAGCGGCCGCCGCAGCAGCUGCCGCCGCGGCAGCAGCUUCCCUGCACAGCUACGGCUCCUUGAACUUAAACCUGAACCUGGCAGCGGCGGCGGCGGCGGCGGCAGCGGGGCAUGGACAUCACCAUCACCACCACCAUCCUCCACCUCCCGCUCCUCCACCACCUCCGCCUCCUCCGCCUCCUCCUGCUCACCACCCCCACCAUCACCACCCCCACCACCCCGGGUCGGCGGCUGCGGCUGCAGCCGCGGCCGCAGGGGCCUUCCUCCGGUACAUGCGGCAGCCAAUCAAGCAGGAGCUGAUCUGCAAGUGGAUCGACCAGGAAGAGUUGCAGCAGCAGCAGCAGCACCAGCACCAGCAGCACCCGCCGCCCCCCGCCUCGAAGCCUUGCUCCAAAACUUUCACCACCAUGCACGAGCUGGUGAACCAUGUCACAGUGGAGCACGUGGGGGGCCCCGAGCAGAGCAGCCACGUCUGCUACUGGGAGGACUGUCCCCGGGAAGGCAAGCCCUUCAAGGCCAAGUACAAGCUCAUUAAUCAUAUUCGUGUGCACACGGGAGAGAAGCCUUUCCCCUGCCCCUUUCCCGGCUGCGGGAAAGUCUUCGCCCGCUCAGAGAACCUCAAGAUUCACAAGCGCACUCAUACAGGGGAGAAGCCCUUUAAAUGUGAAUUCGAUGGAUGUGACAGAAAGUUUGCCAAUAGCAGUGACCGAAAGAAGCAUUCCCAUGUCCAUACCAGUGAUAAGCCCUACUACUGUAAGAUUCGAGGCUGUGACAAAUCCUAUACACACCCUAGCUCCUUGAGGAAGCAUAUGAAGAUCCAUUGCAAGUCUCCUCCACCUUCUCCAGGUGCCCUUGGUUACCCAUCAAUGGGGACCCCAAUAGGAGCCCCCUUGUCUCCUGUCCUGGACCCAGGCAGGAGCCGUUCUGCCACUCUUUCCCCUCAGGUCACCAAUCUCAAUGAGUGGUAUGUUUGUCAGGCCAGUGGUGCCCCAAACCACCUCCAUACACCUUCCAGCAAUGGAACCACUUCAGAAUCAGAAGAUGAAGAAAUUUAUGGGAACUCUGAUGCUGUAAGAACUAUUCACUAGAAAUAAUAA